GUUUGGACAUCCUAUUUAUUCCACUCUAAACGAGCAGCUUCCUUUUAGUCCUCCACUUUCAAGAAAGACAGCCUGUUCCAUAGUGCUCAUGGCCCCCCAACCAAGAUUCGCGGGACAGAAGUUGCUGGCUGUGGCUUUCCAGCAGCCGCAGCAUACCCUUGAACUCUACCUUAACUAUGUCUGCCCUUUCUCUGCGAAGUUGUUCAACACAUUCUACACAUCAGUGAAGCCAAUUGUUAUACAAAAAUAUCAACAGAAACUCCAGGUCAUUUUUCGCCAGCAUAUUCAGCCUUGGCACCCAUCAUCGACUCUGACGCAUGAAGCCGGCGCAGCUGUUCUGAAGAUAGCCCCAGACAAAUUCUGGGAAUUCAGCGCUGCACUUUUCAAUCACCAAGAAGAAUUCUUUGAUGUCAAUGUUGUCAAUGAGACACGUAAUAAAACAUAUCAGAGGCUGGCAAAGAUCGCUGUGACAGUUGGUGUGGAUGAAGAUGAGAUGAUCGACUUAUUGAGAAUCAGCGAAGUUAUUGGUGAUGGGCAGUUAAAUUCCGGUAACAAGGUGACCAAUGAUAUCAAAUUGAUGGUCAAGUCGGAUCGUGUUAUUGGCGUUCAUGUCUCCCCGACUGUAUAUUUCAAUGGCGUCGAAGAGCCGAAUAUCAGCAGCAGCUUCACGGCCACACAAUGGGAGCAAUGGUUGGCCAUGAAUGUAGCUUAA